CGCUGCAACCGCCUCAAAUCGGUCAGUUAAAAUAGUUAACCGCUCCGAACAGGUCGAUCGCGCUACCUCUUACCACUCUUACCACGGUGAUCGUCUAUCGGUAACUAUCCGAUCGAAAAUCACGCCUUUGCCGCCUCGAGAGAGCGACUCGCGCGAUAUGGACCCGCUUUGACGCGAUUUUCGAGCGGUUGAAAGUCGACGCGAGUGAAAAAUCCAGUUGUGUGUUAUUAAUUUAUUUAACGUUUUAUUUAGGAGUGCCUUGCUUGUUUAUGUAUUUAUGAUUUCCAGAUAAAACCUCGAAAAUGUUCAAAAAGCACCGUUCCAAGGCGGUACCGCCGCCUAUCCACAACAACCACGAGCUGGAGAACAACAACGUGGUGUCCAACAGGACGGUCCCUGUAUCGCCCGUGGCCAAUUCCUUGCAAUUUUACUGCCAGCUGGCCCACGGCAGUCCCACGGCCUUCGUAUCUGGUUUCUCCAACGUCAGAGAGUUGUACGAGAAAAUCGGAGAGGCCUUUGACAUACCUGCAGCAGACAUCUUGUUCUGCACGCUCAACACAUUCAAACCCGACAUGAAGAAACUUCUAGGCGGUCAAAUUGGUUUAGAAGACUUUAUUUUUGCACACAGAAAAGGUCGGCCUAAAGAAGUAGAACUAGAAAAAUCGGAAGAUUCAUUAGGAUUAACGAUAACAGACAACGGUGCAGGCUAUUCGUUCAUUAAGCGAAUCAAAGAGGGCUCCGUUAUACACAACAUUCCCCAUAUCAAGGUAGGAGAUCACAUCGAAAAACUAAACGGAGAGAAUAUGGUCGGAAAAAGGCAUUUCGAGGUAGCCAAGGCACUGAAAGAAAUCCCCUUGGGUGCCACGUUCACCAUUCGAUUGGUGGAACCCAUGACGAGCGGAUUCGGCCAAAUAGCACCCAAAAAUUCAACCAGGGGCACGAAAAAAGCAGGAUAUGGUUCGGGAAAAGAAACCUUAAGGUUUAAAGCUGGAGGAAAAGCAGAAAUACAAGAACAGGACGAUUCAAUGGACGCUGGUAUAGAAAAAAUCAACCUGAUCCUGGAAUCUUUCAUGGGCAUCAACGAUUCCGAACUCGCAACACAAAUCUGGGAACUGAGCGAAGGCAAGAAAAACUCCAUGGACUUCGCAGAAGCCAUAGAUGACUCCGAUUUGGCAGCUUUCGGAUUCUCCGAUGACAUCAUCAUCGAACUGUGGGGCUGUAUAACCGAUGCCAGGCAAGGAAGAAUCAAAUAAAAAAAGUGUUCUGUGUUUUGUGUUAAAAAAAAACGCCUUUACAAUUUUAAAGUAUCGUUUCAUCAGAAAAUGAAAGUGAAAGAAGACAAUCAAAAUCAGAACUUUGUUGGUGUCGCCAUCUGUAUCGUGACAAUAGUGAAUCCGAACAUUUAAAUGAGACAAUAAACUGUAUUCGACUUUUUUAUGUUUAGUUUUGUUUGCAAUACACCUACAAAUGGCAUAUUCUGGCGUAUUACGACAUGUCAAUAUAUAGGCUGUCAAACGAGAGGAUAUACGUCAGUGACAGUUGUGUCAGUCAUUUUAAUAGGUGUCGUCUGUUGAAAUCUUUCCUGACUCAUUGGGCAGGCUUUAAAUCGGUAAUAUACCAGUUGUAUGUGUUUUAAGGUUGUUAUGCAGAGUGAGACAUGUUUUUGAAUGCGCAUAUUCGUAUUAUAUCCAAACAGUAUAGAUCAGUUUCGUUUGAACUUAAGGAAAUAAAAUAUUUAAAUCUCUGUGCUAUAUUUACCAAAAAAAGGUGUUGAAUGAAUAUUGUUCUGUAUUUUUGUGAGGCAUAGAUCAAAAAAUACUAAAUUUCCUCUGUCCUUUCAUUAUAAUAGAGUAUCUAUAAUAAAAAAGCGUCAUAGUGCCCUUUGAAAUGGCAGCAAUCAAUGUUUAAACGAGUUUUUUUUUUCGUUAACCACAAAUGACUGUUAUGGAACUAUUUAUUAUUUCAAAGAUGAUAAAAUUAAAAUAUAUCUUUUGAAUACAUUUUGUAACUUAUUUACUGUUGUAUGUUCGGAAAAUUUGUACAUUAUUGUAUGCUAUAUUUUAUUUUUAAGUUAAAUAAACGUCUCAAAA